AGAUUCCACAUUCGCCAUCGUAUCUUCGAGAAUCAUAGCACUCAUUGGCUACAGGACCGCUCAGUAAAAGGCACUUUAAUACACAGCUUCACCCAUAUCGAGUCUCCACCCAGUAUCGGACGUUCUCACAGAUCUCUUGAAACCGCCACCAUACGUCCUAGUCGAACAAUCUUCAGUACUUUUGCGUUUUUCCUGAUUCCUAUCCUCAUGUCUCUCAACAUGUCGUCUCUGUUCGCUCGCUUCACACGUCCGUUCACUUCAAGCACCAUGAGAGUUGCCCCCGAGAGUUCUGGCCCGGCGAACCAGCCAGCGGGCAGUAAGCAGGCGACGCUCGCAGCAGGCUGUUUCUGGGGAGUAGAGCACAUGUACCGUCAUACCUUCGCCGACAAAGGUCUCAUUGACGCACGUGUCGGCUAUAUCGGCGGCAAUACGGAAAACCCAUCCUAUCGCGCAGUCUGCAGCGGCAGCACCGGACACGCAGAAGCACUACAAGUGAUAUAUGACCCCACCAAGCUCUCGUAUCGCACCAUAUUGGAAUUCUUCUAUAAGAUGCACGACCCAACGACGACGAACCGUCAAGGUCCAGACGUUGGAUCACAGUACAGGAGCGCCAUUUUCUACCACGAUGCUGAGCAAGAGAAGGAGGCGCGCGAGAUAACGAAGAAGGUCAACAGUGAAUGGUGGAAUAACAAGGUUUCUACAGAGAUUCUACCAGCUGGGCCAUGGUAUGAUGCGGAGACUUAUCAUCAGAAAUACCUGGAUGUCAAUCCGGGUGGGUAUGAGUGUCCAAGCCAUAUUCUACGUAAAUUCCCACCGCUCUCAUCAUAGGAGUAGCGUUAUCUGCUAGAAGCAUAUUGAAUUAAUGAAAAACUAUAACCCAUAGGAAAGUUCCAAUAUGUUUUAUACGUUGUAGUAUUAUUGUUUAUCACUACCGAUUGUCG